AAAAUCAAUAAAAAUAAGACACUCAAGAUAACUAACAAACGGGUAUAUAAACUGAAACAGUUUGGUGUAAGGCAUACUAUCAUGCAACUGCACAUCUUAUCAAUAGCAGCCCUGGCCAUACUGUGGCCAGCGAUUGCUCUCGCCUUUCCGUCAGAAGAUUUAGACGUCCUGAGACAGGAAAAAAAUCUACAGGCUAUCUCAGAAGAAACAGAAUUUCUAAGUUCUGAAGAAGAAGAUGAAGAACAGGAGGUUCCUGGCCUAGAUGACGACGAAGAGUCAGAAGAGGGUGAUUUUCGUCCACGUUCUCAUCCUCUUCUUCAGCCUGAAGAAUCCGAACCUAAACCGAAACCACAUCCCCAUCCGAGACCUCAUCCAAAACCAACCGACAAACCUGAACCUAGACCCCACCCACAUCCUCACCCAAAGCCCCAUCCACACCCACACCCACGUCCUCACCCUCACCCAAAACCAACUGAAAAACCAGAACCUGAACCAUCGACCGACCAAUCUGAACUAAAACCUCAUCCACAUCCCCACACUGUAAUAGCUGCCCUGGCCAUCCUCUGGCCAGCGAUAGCUCUUGCCUUUCCAUCAGAAGAAUUAGACGUCCUGAGACAGGAAAAGAAUAUACAGGCUAUCCUUGGCGAAAUAGAAAUUCUAAGUUCUGAAGAAGAUGACGAAGAACCUGAGUUCCCAGGAUUAGAUGACGACGAAGAGUCAGAAGAGGAUUAUUUCCGUCCACGUCCUCAUCCUCAUCCUCGCCCAACAGAAGAACCCGAACCUAAACCUAGGCCCCAUCCACACCCUCACCCAAAACCAACUGAUGAACCUGAACCAAGGCCCCAUCCACAUCCUCAUCCAAGACCCCACCCACACCCUCACCCAAAACCAACUGAUGAACCUGAACCAAGGCCCCAUCCACAUCCUCAUCCAAGACCCCACCCACACCCUCACCCAAAACCAACUGAUGAACCUGAACCAAGGCCCCAUCCACAUCCUCAUCCAAGACCCCACCCACACCCUCACCCAAAACCAACUGAUGAACCUGAACCAAGGCCCCAUCCACAUCCUCACCCAAGACCCCACCCACACCCUCACCCAAAACCAACUGAUGAACCAGAAGCAAGGCCCCAUCCACAUCCUCAUCCAAGACCCCACCCACACCCUCACCCAAAACCAACUGAUGAACCUGAACCAAGGCCCCAUCCACACCCUCACCCAAGACCCCACCCACACCCUCACCCAAAACCAACUGAUGAACCUGAACCAAGGCCCCAUCCACAUCCUCAUCCAAGACCCCACCCACACCCUCACCCAAAACCAACUGAUGAACCUGAACCAAGGCCCCAUCCACAUCCUCAUCCAAGACCCCACCCACACCCUCACCCAAAACCAACUGAUGAACCAGAACCAAGGCCCCAUCCACAUCCUCAUCCAAGACCCCACCCACACCCUCACCCAAAACCAACUGAUGAACCUGAACCAAGGCCCCAUCCACACCCUCACCCAAGACCCCACCCACACCCUCACCCAAAACCAACUGAUGAACCUGAACCAAGGCCCCAUCCACACCCAAGACCCCACCCACACCCUCACCCAAGACCCCACCCCCGACCUCACCCAUCCACCACAGAACAACCAGAAAUAGAAGAGUUUGACUACUGAUUUCCAGACCAGCAGGAAAUACAACUUAGGAUACAAAAAAGAAGAUAUAUGCAAUGAAAACCAAACUUGUAUUUGUAACUAAAAUAACAUAUCGACAAAGCUGUUUAAUCUGGAAUAUCUAAAAUAAAGUAUUUAUAUUUUAUUUAUUUGCCAUUGUAUGUCCAUUCAAAGCUAACAUAUAAAUAAUGGGAGUAAAACACUAACUUAUGGAAAAGCCUAGUCUUUUGUAGAUUUUUUUUCUUUUUUUUUUUGGAACCAUAUUAGCAUGUAAGUACUUUCAACAUAAAUAACAAAGCUUGUUAACUUUUUGAAAUGAAUAUCCAAAAUAAAGCUGCAAAAAAUAUGUAUAUGUAAGAAAAAUCAGAUCUUCGAGUGUUUUGUUAAUGUCAUUGUGGUUAAAUUAACAUGAAUUAAAAUUUUGAAAUGGCUUGGAAUGUUAAUUCUUGUCAUUGGUUAAUCACGAAAUGAGUUUACCUUACACAGGUAAAUGCUUGGCUGUAAGGGCAGGCGGGCAGGUGUGGCAUGGAUGCUGCGGCUGCCUUAGGUACCGCAUGGCGGCCGCAAGAAUGCCAUUAUCUCGCGGCUCUCUGCCAAUCAAUUAUAACCUCACCACAUGGCCAUUGUGUCGGCUACAAUGUCCAAUCUACAAUCAACAUAAUAUCAACCGACCUUUAGGAGACAACAUUCAACAUAACUUAUCAAACAAUUUACUAAAAUCACAUUAUAAUAAUAAAAGAAAACCACGAACAAAUUAAAAGAACAUCCUUACAAAAUUAAAUUAUAUACUUAUUGAUAUUAAAUAAUAACUCAGCGAAAAAGGAGUUUAUUUAUUUUUACCGCCUUAUAUGUGUAGUAAAUAAGUGCAUAAUGGACAAUUAUCCUCAAUAAUUAACACGUGGAAUCCCAAUAAAUACGUUUUAAGAACUAUAGCAUUAUUAAAUGUCAUACAUUGUUCGGAGUUACCAUUCAGUGUUCUAAUGUGUAAACCAUUAAAUUAUUAUUGCUUUGUCUGGAAAUACGUAUUUGUUGUUUUAAAAUAAAACAAAAAUUGAUACGAAACUAUUUUUGCUUUCACUUACCUAUUCAUGAAAAAUAAAGCAAGGGACAGUAUUGCGAUCGUGAAAAUUUUCGAAUCCGAGUUUUCAACGCAAAUACAUAUUUUGAGGUCUCCUGGUCCCAAAUAAUCAAGCCCCAAAACGAUCUGUGUGUGUGUCUCUAUGUAUGUGCCAGCUCCAGCCCGAAAACGAAAAGUCGAAUGAAAGUGAAAUUACAUAUUUAAGGUUUUUAUAUACCUGAAAUGUUACAGUAAAUUUUUUGUCAAAACCGGCUUACCGGAAGUGGCACUUCAUAUCAUUGAUGAAAUUCAUUACCAUUUUAUCGAAAACGGCUCUA